GCGGCUGUGUGCCCGGAGACGGUGAGUGCUCUGCAUUGUGCCAUGAGACUGCUGCGGCACAAGAUCCAGCUGUGGGCAGGUUUGCUGCUGCCGGAGCUCAGUAUUACGGGAAUGAGUGAGCUGCGCUUCCCUGAAGAGAAACCCCUACUGAGAGGGCAAGACACUGAGAUGGAAUCCGCUGAUACGUUCCUCUCUGCAUCCACUGACACUGACUGGAAGGAACAUGACAUUGAGACGCCCUAUGGCAUGCUGCAUGUCGUCAUCAGGGGCACCCCAAAAGGCAAUCGCCCGGCAAUUCUCACAUACCAUGAUGUGGGCUUAAACCAUAAGCUCUGCUUCAAUACCUUGUUCAAUUAUGAGGACAUGCAGGAGAUCACAAAGCAUUUUGUUGUGUGUCACGUAGAUGCCCCAGGGCAGCAGGUGGGAGCCUCCCAGUUCCCACAAGGGUAUCAGUACCCCACCAUGGAAAACCUGGCCGGCAUGUUACCGAGCGUGCUGCAGCACUUUGGCUUUCAGAGCAUCAUUGGCAUUGGAGUGGGCGCUGGGUCGUAUGUCCUGGCUAAGUUUGCUCUUAUAUUCCCAGAACUGGUGGAAGGUUUGGUUCUGCUGAACAUUGAUCCCAAUGGAAAAGGCUGGAUUGACUGGGCAGCCUCCAAGCUGUCUGGACUGACCAGCUCCCUCACCGACACCGUGCUGUCUCACCUCUUCAGUCAGGAGGAAUUGAUGAACAACACAGAGCUGGUGCAGAAUUACCGCCAGCAGAUCAGCAGCUGCGUCAACCAGAACAACCUACAGCUUUUCUGGAACAUGUACAACAGCCGAAGAGACCUGGAGAUGAACCGCCCAGGAACUGUACCGAAUGCCAAGACUUUGAGGGCUCCGGUCAUGCUGGUGGUUGGAGAUAAUUCCCCAGCUGAAGACAGUGUGGUUGAAUGUAAUUCUAAACUUGACCCAACAAACACCACAUUCCUGAAGAUGGCCGAUUCUGGCGGACUUCCUCAAGUGACACAGCCCGGAAAACUGACAGAAGCCUUCAAAUAUUUCCUCCAAGGAAUGGGAUACAUUGCUUCCCUGAAGGAUCGGAGACAGAGUGCCAGUGCAGCUUCAGUGCCCUCUGCCAGCAUGACCCGACUCGCCCGUUCCCGCACAGCUUCUCUCACCAGCGCCAGUUCUGUGGAUGGAGGACGCCCACGGCCCUGCACCCAGUCAGAAAGCAGCGAGGGGAUUGGGCAGAUCAACCACACCAUGGAAGUGUCCUGCUGA